AACCAGCCAAACCUUAAAUCCUCUCUUAAACGACAACUUUCACGAUCACAACGGCUUCAAUUCGCGACAUAUGAUACCCACGAGUAACAGAUACAUGCUGUAGAUGUGCUGCAAGCCAGCUUCUCCAUUAGAAUUCUUACAGGAUGAAUGGCCCCGUCACAGCCUCGUCCCUAGAUGCAGCCGACUACGACCCAAUUGACGAUCUCAACACCAUCUUCUCCCAUUCCUCGACCCUACGCUCCGUCGGUGCUGUCGGCGCCGCCCUCCAAACCCGACAAGAUGCCCUCGACACCUCCAUAAACGCCCUGACGGGCACCCUCGCCGCCCCCCGCGCCUCCUCCUCCCUCGAGCGCAUGUCCUCCGCCAAAACCGAGCUCGACCAGCUCUUCCGCAAGAUCGAGUCGGUCCGCAAUCGCGCCCUCGAGACCGAACACACCAUCACCAACAUGACGGCCGACAUCAAGCGACUCGACCACACAAAGCGGAACCUGACGCUCUCGAUGACGGCGCUGAAGCGUCUACAGAUGCUGACCACAGCAUACGAGCAAUUGCGCGGUCUGGCGAAAAGCAGGCAGUACCGCGAGUGUGCGGGCCUUCUGCAGGCGGUGCUGCAGCUCAUGGCGCACUUCCGGAGCUAUCGCAGUAUCGACCAGAUUGCGACGUUGAGUCGGAAUGUAGCGGAUCUGCAGAGGGAGCUGGGGGAGCAGGUUUGCGAGGACUUUGAGAUGGCGUUUGCGAAGAGGGAGGUGGGUGGGAAGAGGGGGAUGUUGAAGGAGGCGUGUUUGGUGAUGGAUGCGCUGGGGGAUACGGCGAGGGCGAGGUUGAUUACUUGGUAUUGCAAUACGAUGCUGAGGGAGUAUAGGCAGGUGUUUAGGGGGAAUGAUGAGGCGGGGAGUCUGGAUAAUAUUGGGAGGCGAUACAGUUGGUUUAAGAGGAUGUGGAAGACCUACGACGACGAGCAUGCGGCUAUCUUCCCCCUCAGCUGGAGAGUCAACGAGAUGCUCGCGAACGCCUUCUGCGAAGGGACCCGAGAAGACUAUAAAGCGAUCCUCGAGAAGAGCACAAGGCGAACAGACGGCAACACCCUUGACGUCAGCCUCCUCCUCCGGUGCCUCCAAGAAACCCUCGACUUCGAGCACAGCCUCGAAGCCAAGUUCGCCAGCGACCCCCGCACCUCCCUCGACACCCUCAACUCCGAAGAGCGCGCACACACCUUCGACGGCUCCAUCUCCCAAGCCUUCGAGCCCUACCUCAGCCUGUGGGUCGAGUCGCGCGACAAGCAGCUCGCCUCCAUGAUCCCGACGUACCGCAAUCAGCCCCCCUUAGCUGAGGACGAGGAGUUCCACGCUCAAUCCGUCCUCGCUUCCUCCAUCGAGCUAUUUCACUUCUACAAAGUCACCCUCGCGCAGUGCGCUAAGCUGUCUACUAGCGAUCGACUUCUUGACCUCUCUCGUACGUUCGCAAAGUACCUCGAUGAGUACUCACACGCUGUCCUACUCCCUAUGCUGUCACGCUCCUCGCCCGCACCCCCGCACCUCAAUGACGCGAUCCUCGUCCUCAACACCGCGGACUACUGGCACACCAACAGCACGCAGCUGGCCGACACUCUGCGUCGCCGCAUCGACGCCGAGCUAGCCCCCAAAGUCGACCUGGCGCCCCAGGCAGACACAUUCAUGGGCGUUGCCUCGGCGGCGCUAGUGGCGCUGGCUCGGCGCGUGGAUGCCGCGGCAGAGCCGGCGUGGAGGGAGAUGCGGAAUACGAAUUGGAGCCGCAUGGAGAGCGUGGGGGAUCAAUCGAGUUAUGUAGGCGAGCUGGUGAGGCGGGUGGAGGCGAGUGCCGCGGAGACGCUGGCGCUGUUGCAGAAACCGGGGUAUGCGAGGGCGUUUGCGGAUAAGGUUGUUGAGGGGGUGGUGCAGGCUUAUGUGGGGACUAUUGUGGCUUGUCGGCCUAUUUCUGAGGUGGGAGCUGAGCAGCUCCUCCUCGAUAAAUACGUCCUAACAUCCUCCCUAACCUCCCUCCUCCCCCCCAACCCCUCCUUCCAAAAACGCGUCGCCGGCUCCCUCGCCCGCCUCGACCCCCUCCUCAAAACCCUCCAAGUCCGUCCCUCUCCCCCCGAAGCGCUAGUCCAAGCCUACCUCAUCCACAUCCACGACCGCUCCGACGCCAACUUCCGCAAAGUCCUCGACCUCAAAGGCGUCCGGCGCUCCGAAGUCGGAUCUUUGGUCGAGCUCUUCGGCGUCCAUCGCGCGAGCGCCAAGGAUGAUGGACAGGGGGGUGGGUUGGUGGAUGUUGAUCCGUUCCUGGGGGGGUUGAGUCUGGUGGCUGUGCAGGCGGCGCCGAAUGCGCAGGCGGCGGCGGCGGCGGCGUUUGGGGAGAAGAUUUUGGGGGUGGCGAGGGAGGGGGUGGGGAUUGGGGAGGGGGAGGUGGAGGGGAAUUUGAGGGGGAUUGGGAAGUUUUUUAGGAGGGAUAUUGGUGCGUUUGGGGGGCGGUUUGGGAGGGGUGGGGGGGAGGGGGAGGGGAAGUAA